AUGCAGGAAUCUCAGAUCCCGCGAGCGUUCCGUGUCGUUUUCCCAGUUCCCCGGAUCCCUCUCCCCGAGGUGGUUCCGUUGGAUAACCGGGAACAGCCCCCGUUUUGUCCCGAAACAGGUCGGUCUGUGAGUUCUCCCGGAAUUCCCGUCGUCGGGAUCAUCGGGGAGCGGGUGGUCCUGCCCUGCCGGGUGACCCAGGACCCCAUUCCCGAGGUUUUCUCCGUCCGCUGGGAAUUCCACGACGGUUCCCGAAGGAUCCCCGUGGGCAGUUUCGAUGGGAAGAGCCGAGAGCAGGAGUGGGACGGGAGGUUCCGGGGCCGGGUGGAGUUUUUCCCCAGGGAAUUCUGGGCCGGGAAUGUGUCCCUGGGAUUGAGGAACGUCGGGAUCUCCGACCAGGGCUCCUACACCUGCCACGUGUCGGCCCAGGACGUGUCCCGGGAGGUGUCGGUGCAGCUGGAAGUGGCAGCCAUCGGCGACAUUCCCACCAUUGUCGUGAGGUCCCGGAAAAGGGACCUCAGCCUCUCCUGCCGAGCCUCCGGCUGGUUCCCGAGUCCCGAAAUCCUUUGGCUGGACGGCCGAGGAAAGGUCCGGGAGGGGUUUUCCAGCCCCAGGACGACGCCGGAGCCGUCGGGGCUGUUCCGCGUCGACGCUUCCGUGACCCUCCCGCCCGGAUCCGACCUGGAAGUUUCCUGCAGGAUCGUCAACCCCCGGCUCAACGUCAGCAGGGAAUCCCGGAUCCGCAUCUCAGGUGGCUCCGGAAUCACCCCCGGGAUCGGCUCCGUUCCUGGGAUCCGUGCUGGGAGAAAUCCCCUGAUCCCCCUGGUGCAAUAUUUGCUCCUUAAAUCCACAGUGGAAUAUUUAACCCUUAAUUUAACCCUAAUAUUUAAUAAUUUAAUUUAUAUUUAA